AUGCCCAUCCAUUCUUUGUUACCGCUAUGUAUUAAAUUAUCUUCCAGAUGGCAGGUUUUAGGGCGCUCUCAAGGUUGUAAUGGGAACGGACGGGCUCUCUAUCCGCCAAACAGAGUUCAAGGGGAGCGGGAGCUAGAGCUAGAAUCGGCCGGAUGUGGGCGCCACCGGCCCUCAAUGCCUCCAUUCUCGCGCACAGACGGGCCCUCCAUAUCGUACGGAUACUUCGGGAACUUUAAACGAACCGAGAACAGUAUCUUGCCAUCCGCAGACGACCUCCAAGAUUCAUCAUGCGAGAUGAACUGCUUUCCCCGACAGGAACCGGAUGGCAACAUAAUGCUGAAAUCCAUGUCUCAAAUGCCGACGUAUUCGAUCGUCUUUGAACGCUCAUCAACGUGGCUAUUGCUGCGGCAAGGUCUCUCUCCCAUGGAGCUCUCGGAGGAAAUCUUCGCAACAAUGUCAAAAGUGGUAUGA